GGUGUCAAUUGACACCACACGAGAAAUGGUACCGCCACGCCGAGAAAUCGAAACAAAAACUCGCAAUUUUUUGCCCAAUGUGAAGUCUCGGCCCACCUACUGCCAUAGACAUCAGUAUUUUCGUGUUUUCUCGAGCACCGAAUCGACAACGAAGAAGAAGCAGUGGCGACAUCAUGGCGAACGCGGAGCCGGGUGCAGGUAUACCUGUUACUUCGUUGUAUUCGUGUCACCGAACCCGUUCCACACGGCUACAAGCAACAACGGAAGCGCUGUUUGAGCAGCUCGACAACGGCAACCUAUCCGACGUAGACAGGGAAUUCGAUGAAUCAGACGACGAGAGUGUGUUGCCUUGUGCUCCUGAUGAAGAUGCAGUGGAGAGCGACACUGAAAGCUCCGAUGACGAGAGUGCACUGAACACAUCUGGUGGCUGGAGACGAAAAUUAUUCAAGGCGCCAGACUUUUUUUUGACAACUACUUUACGUCCCUGCCACUGCUCCGUGUAAU